GGAGGAGGAGGGGGGGAGGGUGUUGCGAGUGGAGCGGGCGGUGCAGUCGCGAGGCUGAGUGUCUGACUGACUUUGGUUGGCUACGGCGGCGGCCACGUAGCGCUGCGGCGGCGGCGGCGGCCGCCGAGGGGAGGGCGAGCGACAGGGAGAGCGUCAGUGGGAGCAGCCGCUGGAGCGGCGGGGCCUAGGCCUGGUCCUGAGGCGGCGGCGGACGAGGAGGGGGCUCGAGCCCAGGGGGAGGGCAGGAAGGAAAGAGGGCCCUGGCCGCCCCUACCUUCCCCCCUCCCCUGCCUAGGCAUGGACCGCGGCGGCGGAGGAGGAGGCGGAGCGGCGACGGAGGAGCAGCGCCGGUGGCAGUCCCGGAGAGUCCCGGCCUGGACAAGAUGUUCAGCUGUUGAGCGGCAGCUUUCUUCCUGUGAACUGCUGCCGAUUUCCUCGUGCUGUAAAGCCAGAGUUCCAUGACCUGCACAGGGUGCUUUGGUGCUCUGCUUCCCCAAGGCAGUCAUGUGUUAGUUCUCUCCGACAAUUCAUCUUGCUCCAGAGGAGUUACUUCCUUGGUAUUCUGGAAUACAAGGUGCUCAAUGAAUCGGGAGCCCCCAUGAAUGAAACAGCCAGCUCUUGCCAGCAGAUGGCUAAAAACUGCAGCACACAUGUAGCAGGGAUGGCGCAAGAGGACAGAGCUCAAGUGCCACCCACUUUCUACCAUGGUGCCAGCCAGGAACUUGAUUUGUCCACCAAAGUCUACAAAAGGGAGUCUGGGAGUCCUUACUCCGUAUUGGUGGACCCAAAAGCAAGUAAACCACAUCUCCAUGAAAGAGAGGAACAGCCAUAUUUCAAGGAGGACAGAACAGUAGGAGAGGUCCGAGCCGUGAAAGAAGACAGGGAGAACUCUGACGACUUGCAGGAGGACGAGGAGGAAGAUGAAGUGACUUACAAAAGGGAGCAGAUAAUAGUAGAGGUAAACCUUAACAACCAAACAUUAAAUGUUUCAAAAGGGGAGAAGGGGGUCCCCUCCCAAUCCAAAGAAACUGCUGUUCUUAAGACCAGCAGUGAGGAAGAGGAGGGUGACAGUGGGGAGGAAGAGGCCACUGAAGACAGUAAUGAUGAGGAGGAGAAUGAGAGGCAGAAGAAAAAAGAGCAAAGAGAGGAGAAAGAUAGUGUUGCACAAAGGAGGACAAGGAGAGCUGCAUCUGCUGCAGCCGCCACAACUUCCCCUACUUCCAGAACUACAAGGGGCCGUAGAAAGAGCGUUGAGCCCCCCAAGCGUAAGAAGAAAGCUGCAAAGGAGCCCAAGGCACCUGUGCAGAAAUCAAAGUGUGAAGAAAAGGAGACUUUGACCUGUGAGAAGUGCCCCAGGGUGUUUAACACACGCUGGUAUCUGGAGAAGCACAUGAACGUCACUCACAGGCGCAUGCAGAUCUGCGACAAGUGUGGGAAGAAAUUUGUUCUAGAAAGUGAGCUCUCCCUCCACCAGCAAACAGACUGUGAAAAAAACAUUCAGUGUGUUUCCUGUAAUAAAUCGUUCAAGAAGCUAUGGUCCCUCCAUGAGCAUAUCAAGAUUGUCCAUGGGUAUGCAGAGAAAAAGUUCUCCUGUGAGAUAUGCGAGAAGAAGUUCUACACAAUGGCUCACGUGCGAAAGCACAUGGUUGCACACACUAAGGACAUGCCAUUUACAUGUGAAACCUGUGGGAAAUCCUUCAAACGCAGUAUGUCACUCAAAGUUCAUUCCCUGCAGCAUUCGGGAGAGAAGCCUUUCCGGUGUGAGAACUGUGAUGAAAGGUUUCAGUACAAGUACCAGCUCCGUUCCCACAUGAGCAUCCACAUUGGACACAAGCAGUUUAUGUGUCAGUGGUGUGGUAAAGACUUCAACAUGAAGCAGUACUUCGAUGAGCACAUGAAAACCCACACUGGAGAGAAGCCUUUUAUCUGUGAAAUCUGUGGCAAAAGCUUCACCAGCCGCCCCAACAUGAAGAGACACCGCAGAACUCACACAGGGGAGAAGCCAUAUCCAUGCGACGUGUGCGGCCAGCGGUUCCGCUUUUCCAACAUGCUCAAGGCACACAAGGAGAAGUGCUUCCGUGUUACCAGUCCUGUUAACGUGCCACCAGCUGCCCAGAUCACACUAGCCACAAGCUCUCCUGCCACCACUGUACCUUCCAUUGCGAACACACAGAACGUCCCUGCUCCUACUCCACCAAUCAAUAUGAACCCAGUGAGCACGCUUCCACCCCGCCCCAUUGCCCACCCAUAUUCUCACCUGCACCUCCACCCCCACCAUCCACAUCACCUCCCUGUCCCUGUGCCCCCCGUCCCUCAUUUACCCCCACCUCCUGCUCUGUUUAAGAGUGAGCCUUUAAAUCAUAGGGGCCAAGGCGAAGACAGUUUUCUACGACACCUAGCGGAGAAAAACAGUUCAGUACAGCACCACUAACUGCUUUUGUCUUCUGCCUGCCGUUCAGUUGGUCUUGAGAACCUGGAAGUGUGCUCCCUUCUCAAGAAAUCUCAUGGUGGCUUCUGCAGCCCCAAGGGAAAGAACUUCACAUGCAUCUUGACUGUUCUGCAAAGUGGUCAUCAAGCCCAGGGGAACCGAUAGGACAGAAGCCCAACUCGGCUUGCACGUUUUACUGUUGACUUUUUUAGAUUUCAAAAUGACUGAGACUUGUGAAAUUUUUUAUAAUUUCAUAUCAGCUGAUGAGGUAUGCUUGCUUUUAUAUCCCGGACUUUCUCCUCAAAGAGGGGAUGAGCCUGGUUUCCUUUGUACUAAUCAGAGACUGUGAGACUAAAUCCCAGAGCAUUAAUUAUCACUGUGUAUUUGUUAAUUUCUUUUCAGCUUUUUUUUUUUUGGUGUGCGUGCGUGUGUGGUUGUGUGUGUGUGUGUGGUUGUGCGUGUGUGUGUGUGUGCUGGUUAUGGAGUGAGCCAGCCACAUGAUCGCAGAAUAUCAAGCAUUAUAGGAAAAAGACGGUAAACAAAACUUAAUCCCAUUUGAGUAGUUCUCCUAACACACUCUUUAUUUUAAUACGGAAAAAUUAUUUUAGAGUUUUUGUAUAGACCUAUUUAGUAGCCUGUUUCUAAAAUGAAAUGUAUUUCAAAUAAGCGGUGUAAUUUUUUUCAGUGUAGCUGGACCUAUGUUGUUACAAUAGAUAAUUUUUUAUAAUCAUUCAAAUGUGAUUCUUUAAGAAAAAAAAGAUGCAAAUAGCUUAUAAUAGGGGGGAAAAUAUUCUUACAUCUGUACUACUCUUAAAAAGGUGCUUUGAAAGGGAGAGGAAGGAACCCAAUAAGUCUCUGGUAAGGCUGCCUCAGAAGUGGAGAUGAUUUCAGAACUUUAUAUAACUUAUUUGUAGGGUGUUGUUGUUUUUCUAAACGUGACGGUUACCUUCUUUCAAUGUCACUCGAGGGUUGCUAGACAAGAACAUUAAACUACUGUAUUCCCACAAACAUUUUUCACUUGCCUCUGCUGGACUGAAGUGUAGAACGUUUCAGAAAGGAUAGACUCUCUCAUUGGGGGGGAAAUUGGGGGUAUGAAGAUACAAGGAAGAACUCAACCAGAAUUUGUAUGCUGUUGUUUCUUUAGCAUACAUUAGGACCUAGUUCAUUUUAUAGAUAUGUGUUUAAGCUAUGACUUAAUCUGGGAAUCAUACUUGAUGCUGCUUUUGCUUCCCCCCUCCUCGAAAGAUUCAAGAGUUCAUUAGGAUACAAGUGGGGAACCACAAAUAAGGUGCUGUUUGGUUUGGUUUGUAAAAACGACAACCUUGAAUCAGCAGGAACGCAGUUGUUAUGUUGCCUGAAAUGUUUACCCACAGAGUAUGUGCACGCAGUGAAGCAGUGUCUGGUAUAGAAAAGAGACGCAUAUUAUAUAGGAUAGCUUCUUUCAGAUUUGACUUCAGGUUUCACAGGUAUGUGGCAAAGAAAUGUUUGAAUGUUAAGCAAGUUGCUAGUUGUGUUUUCUCAAAGUCUCCAGUGGCACUAAAUUGUGGCAAACUAGUUUGAAUGCAGAGAGUCAUGGUUCUUAUUCAGAUGUAGUUUACGGAAUCUGAAAUACAGCACCGUUUUAAGCAGCUGAAAUAGCUGUUGGCUCCUUGAGGAGAAGGCACAGUGACACACUCAUGACUAAAAGAGGUGAAAUUUCCUUAAGCUUCAUUUCACGCCCCCUCCCCUCCCAGAGACCAUCAUGCUGAUCCCUAGCAUGCCAUUCUCUUUUUAAAAAUUAGGCUUUUAAAUCUUAGGUGAGGGAUUACAUCUGAUCAAACAGAAAGCCCUGUCUAUUGCACCUCAAGGUUGCUAAUUGUGUUUUUACCAUCUCUAUUAACUUUGAUUUUUUGCAUUAAAAAAAUAGUGUUAGGCCUUUUGCAUACCUAUUCAUAUUUGAAUAAAAACCUCUAAAUCUCCUCCUUUUUUCUGGAAAAAUAAGUAUUUUUUAAAAAAAUGUGAUAACAUCUGUUCCUUCUCUUUUGUAGGUAGUAAAGCUAGCUAUAAAAGUGAAUAAUUGAUACAUAACAGUUUGUCAUCUUCAACUACCCUGAAUGGUUUUAUACAUUCCAUGUCAUGUUUGCAAACCUACAGUUCUGUGUAGAUAUGCCACAGGUCAACAAACUGGCUUGUUAAAUCUACUUUUAUAGGAAGAAAGAAAAAAAAACCAUUGUGGUUAAAUCAGUUGUAAUCCACUUUUGCAAAAAAAUGGUUUUCUCAAUAAAUUUACAGUAUUUGGCUGCUAUUUAUGAAUCCUA